CCAGAGGUUGUUCGAGAAUGCCAUGCCAAAUGCUGAGCCAUAGCGCCCCGGAGGCCGGCACACCACACCAGUACCGCUCUUCGCAGCUGUUGCAGCAGCUUUCCUACACGCUACCGUUACUAUUAGUAGUACCGUACCUGGUUCAGAACCGUAGCUCUUUUAUUGGCUCCCAGCAAGUGUAGGUAUUUACAUUGUCGUGUCUCACUUCAUUGACCUACUACAUAUUACGGCAACCUAAGAAAGAAGCUGACGCAAGAUGGUUGAGUCUGGGUGGAAGGAAGACAUCCUCAGCCGCAUGGCUGCAAGGGAUAGAAACCUGGCAUCACACCCACUGGUGCACGGACUCCUCGACCGCAUUGCCGUAGCAGAUGGGAACCAAACUAUGUGGGACUUCAUGUCCAGCCUGAGUCCACCACAAGCAGACAGCCCACAAAUUGCUUCAGGGGAGGUUAGUUACAUUCAGCCGGCGCUGGCGUUGAAAUGGAGGGGGGUGGGACGAAUCAAGGCGGGCAGGGCAUACACGUCUUCUGGGGGGUUGGACAUCAACUCGCUUAUUCUUAUGAAGCCUGGAGAAGGAGAAGUGAACGACUACAAAAGGCUGCAUUCUAGAAAGGAUUGGGUGGUGGGGUUUCUAGAGCCAUUUCCCAGGACAGAGGAGGGAAAAGGACUGUGGAAGGACGAUGGGUACAACAUUCGUGGGAACGCGAUCGGGUUUCCAGGCGGGGAUCGCGUCAAACGAGCUGGCGCAUCAGAUGCAGACGAAGUCAAUUUGAUGGUGAUUUGUCCGGCGAGGGAUGAGAACGGAGGCCAAUGCUGGACAGAGACCACAAAAGACCUGCUAAAGGCGAAGAGGUACGACGAGAUCUUCCAGACGGGCCAGCUCGUGCUGCCGCGCAGACAGCGGUGGCCGUAUUCUGUCGGAGCCGUCGUCUUUGUCCGGAAGCGGGACAAGGAGGUCGGGGCUGCCAAGCAACGGCUGCACAUUGUGGACAUUUUGCUGGACCAGACCAAAGUCCCCACCUUCGAAGGGGGGCCUAAACUCGCUGAAGUCGUGCACCAGGUCUUGCAUGGGUUCGUCGUUGGUGUCGGCCGGGAAAUGGAUCGAAAAAGCGGAGACGAGCGGGCGCAGAAGCAAGGUGAUGUGCAAGAUGCACCAGAGGCUUCGAAAGCAGACAGUGGGGAGGAAGCGUCGGAGAUCUUCCUCGCAGAAAGCGUGUUCAUCAAUGGGAAGUGGCCGGGAACCUGGAGAAUGGAACUCACGGCCGCGGUCGAAACUCUCGGUUUUGUGAAGGAGAAGGGGGGGUGGCUCCAUGGGUCCAAGCGGUGCUCGAAGUGCGGUGCAAGCGGCGUCGCGGUAAAGACGUGCAGUGGGUGCAGACGUGCUCAGUAUUGCUCGAAGGAGUGCCAGGUGGCGGCCUGGAAGGAGGGGCACAAGGUGGAGUGUAGACGUGCUAGCGCAGCAGGAGCAGCUGACGUUAAGUCGUGAGCUGCAGCAUCUUUCCGCCUUCAAUUAUUCCGUUUCUCCUUGAAAGCUGGACAGCAUUCAUGGGAAGCUCGUCUUGCAGAGAUCAACAGAUCUGUAACAUUAUGCACAACUGACAAAAGAGUCGAUCGGUCACAGCGUCACAUGAUUGAUAGAGCCU